GCUCCGCUCCCCCGGGCGGCCAGCGCACCAUGAGCGCCGAUUGCAGCAGCUACAUGAACGCCGACAAGGUGCUGGUGGGCUCCUUCAGCUGCCCGCGGGAAGACGGCGAGGCCGGUGCGAUCUAUUGCUGCGGCUUCCAGGAUGUCAAGUAUUGUUGCGACGACCCUAACAGCUUUUUCCCUUACGAGCACAACUACAUGUGGUGGCUCAGCAUUGGAGCACUUAUUGGCUUGUCAGUCGCAGCAAUGGUCUUGCUGGCUUUUCUCAUCACUGUGUGUGUUCUCUGUUACUUGUUUAUCAGCAAGAAGCCACGCAACAAAUUGGAUACAGGCUUAACCUUAAGCUUAGAAGCAGCAGGAUAA